AUGAAGGGAUUAUUUUCUAUUGUAUUGAUUAGCGGCCUAAUCAUGGCCGCCUUCGUUCUACCUUCGAGUCUCGGGGCACCUCAUUGGGGAGGCGGUUAUCACGGAGGUGGCGGCGUCACCAAGGUUAUAAUUAUCAAGAAGGGUUACGGACACGGUGGUUACGGUCACCACGGUCAUCACGGACACCACGGUGGCGGUUAUGGUGGCGGUUACGGAGGCGGUUAUGGCGGUGGUUACGGAGGUGGUGGCGGUUACGGAGGCGGCGGUGGUUUCGGAGGUGGUGGAGGCUACGGUGGCGGCGGUGGAUUCGGUUUCGGAGGCGGUUAUGGAGGCGGUUAUGGAAAAUAG